AUGACCAUUGAAAACGUCUUUCCGACCCCGCCAACCGUCGAGAAUGCAAGCGACACCCUCUUCCGUCUUAGAGGCACCCUUUCGCCUCCACCGAAGAGGAUCCUGGCUCAAGAACGUGCUCAAUCCACGCCUCCAGAAAUCACACAUUGCAAUCAAUUCGGUAUCUUGACAAAGAGUGCAGAUGGGCAAUUAUCAGACGUGGCAAGCCUGGAAAGUUCAUGGCAGAGACUACAUCUGUCGAAGAAGAGAAGCCAAUACUACGAGGGGGCAUUUGCUUACCGCGAGCCAAACAACACUGCAAAGGAGCGCGUGGUCAAAGAUUCGGUGAUCCUUGCCGAGAUUAAGUUGAAUUGCUGCCUUGAGUCAGAGAAGGAGUUUCUCAUCGACCUCUCUUUCCGCCUCUCCGAGAUCUAUCAACGUCCAGCGUCAUGCAUUAUGGUCAUGGUUACUACAGAAGUGGCAAUGCUCCUAGGAGGAAAUUCAGAGCCAGCAUAUCAUCUCACCAUUACAGCUCUACCUUCAGAAAUCGCAGCGACAAAAAACAAGCGAAGCACACAUCUUAUCCAAGACUUCAUGCUCGAUACCCUCCAAAUUCCUCCCAAACGUGGAGUUGUCCAAUUCCAGGCAGUGGCAGAGGAAAACCUGGCAACUAACGGCAUCACCACGCUGCAAGAGAUUGAGCAACUUGAAAGGCAGUCGAUCGAGGAGGAUGGACGUUUCAGCAGAGCUAUCAGUCGCCAAAGAAGUAGAAGGAGCAAGAAAUCAAGCGCGCCAGCGUUUACUGAAAGGGUCCGGGCUGGCAUUCCUUCUUUGAGGUCGGCAACACCUUCACAUCAACAAUUCGGCACUGUGGGAGCAGGCGAGUCCAAAUCGACAGAAGCAAGUGGUCCGGGGCGGAAACGUGUCAAAAGAAGGCAGAGUAUACUUGCAUUUUUCAGGAGGUGA